AUGGGCACAGGUGAUGUUGUGUUGUCUUGUCCACAGGGAAAACCUCCAACGAGACAUCUCUGUUCACCUACGACACUAAGUACCUGUUGGACACGUACUACUACGUGAAACACGACCCAACCUUCAUCCCAGCCUUUUCUGUGUCCAGUGACCCAGCUGACCCUCUGGUGGAGGACAUGCUGAAGAUGUGCUUCGGUGAGGGGGUUCUCUAUUUCUCUAAAUAUAUAUUUUAGGAGUGUUUAUGUAUUUUUAUUGAGAUAGGACAGUGAAGAGGAGACCGGAACGGUAGGAGAAAUUGCCAGUCAGAAGGGCAUGGGUCGGAUACGAACCCAUACCGACUCUGCACUCUUAGAAAAAAAGGUGCUAUCUAGAACCUAAAAUGGUUAUUCGGCUGGCCGCAUAGGAGAACCCUUUGAAGAACCCUUUUGGUUCCAGGUAGAACCCUUUUGGUUCCAGGUAGAACCCUUUUGGUUCCAAGUAAAACCCUUUUGGGUUCCAUCUAUAUGGUGACAUGUGGGAUGCAACCAAAGUUUUAAUGAUAUGACAUUCGACAACAUUCAAUCCAGCAAUAACAUACAAUAACACAAUUAAAUACAAUUGUACAUUAUUUACGCAAUCAUUUAUAUAGGUGAGGGGGCUCAGUUCUGCAAGUACGACACCAUGAGCACCCGUAGUCUGGUUGUGGGUAACGCCACCCUCCUGUCCUUCAGAAGUCACGAGACACUCAUGCAAGACCUGGAGUCUGGUAUGUAUACAGUAGUCGCCUCUGUCGUUGAAAUGAACUGUGAAAUGGACGUUUAUGGAGUUGGUUUGUCUACUCAUUAACCCCAACACCUUAGACCACAGUGAAGUGAACGUAACCAUAUGUUCUUAAUUGUUAACCUACUUCUUGAAUGCCAUGUGUAACCGGAACUUUAUAUGUGUGUGUUGACUAAUGCAAGUUACAACACAUUUUCCCCAAAGCAUAAAAGAAGUGCAGAGUAAGAUACAGUAGCUCCUCACGAUGUAUACUGUGCUGCUACAGCCCUUUCUGUACUUAACCACAGUGGAUAGUAUGGUUCUGUUUCAUUACUUUCUACAUGGGUUUAUAUUCCAGAUCAGUGUUUCCCGACUCCGGUCCUUGAGUUGGCAACCAAUCAUUGAGCCCUUGACAAGUUGAAUCAGGUGUUUUUGUCCCAGGCUACAACAAAAAAUGUGUACUGUUGGAUCGGAGCUGGGAAACAAUGUUCUAGAUAAUGACCCUUUACAUAUUAGGAAGUUGUUUUGAAUGGUUUGAUCGGUAAUCAAUACUUUUAUUAGUAGAUAACAUCCUUUUGUUUCUUAGUGGUGUCCUGUGGGUGGCUGGCCACGCCGAGGUACGGUGCGAAGAUAGGUACACGCUACCUAGAGGGGGCGACAGUGAGCUUCACCUGUAACAGUGGCCACGUCCUGUAUGGAGCCCCAGAACGCACCUGUCUACCCAGCGGAGAGUGGACUGGAGAGGAAACCUCCUGUGUCUCUGGUAGGUCCCUAUAGUCCAGUAGAUAAGUUUGAAAAUGUUUCAUUUUCAUUUAGAAGCAUGAAAUUUGGCACACUUCUAAUAUGUGGUACUCGUAGGUCCAUAGUCAUAGGUUAUAUCACUGUCUGGCCAUACUAGACAGCAGGAUGGAAGUCCAAUGCUUUCUAACCAUACACAUGUUCUAACUACCAAGCCUAACCUAUCUGCCAGCUACUAAAUGUGCCCUACAGCCACCCCAAAGGAGGGUAACAUUAAUUUUAACCUACCUCUCAAUGGCCUAUCUUAGUUAUCUGGCCUAACUUGGUUUUGUGCAGUGAUUGUCCUCAAAUGAGAAACAGAGCGACUUUGAAAAUCCCAUUUAGCGUGACUCAUUAGAAGCAGAGAUUCCAGCAACCGUGGUUUGUGCUCUGAGCAAGUUGCCCAGACAUUAUUCAAAAAAAAAAAAAAAACAUUAUACCAUUAGUCCAUUAGAGCUGGAGCAAUAGAGGCUUUGGGUUGGCCUCUCUCCCCUCAUCCCCCUCUCUCUCUGUUUGUGAAUGGGAACCACCUGUGUUUCCAGAAUGGCUUGUUGCAGCCAGUAACAGAAAGAGUGCCUUGGCUGAGAGCAGUUCCACUGACUGAGAGUUUUGUUGUAGUGCUCUAUCGUUGCUGGCAGAUGGCAGUGUCUUCCUGGAGGAAUCCCAUUCUCUGUCUGGUGGAGAAGCAAGUUGUCCACUUGUCUCAGUCUCACCCCCCGAAGGUCACACAAAGCCCAGUCCCUCCAUCUGCUCCCUACUCAGCCUAAACAGUCCUCUCAUCCUCUUUUCAUUAGUCGGCUAGCAGAGACUUCCUUCUGAUAGCUAUCUGAUCAUGCUGGAUGUUGACGGAUUUCAUAUCAGAUCUGGACGAGGAAAAACUGACUCCCUGACUGGGUCACAGCUGGAUAGAAUAGAAACCAACCUGACUUCAACCCCUUCCCUGUUCUUGUGGCUGUAGUGUGUGCGUCCGAAAUGGCACCCUAUUUCCUAUGUAGUUCACUACUUUGGCACCCUAUUUCCUAUGUAGUGCACUACUUUGGCACCCUAUUCCCUCUGUAGUUCACUACUUUGGCACCCUAUUCCCUCUGUAGUUCACUACUUUGGCACCCUAUUCCCUCUGUAGUUCACUACUUUGGCACCCUAUUCCCUCUUUAGUGCACUACUUUGGCACCCUAUUCCCUCUGUAGUUGACUACUUUGGCACCCUAUUCCCUCUGUAGUUGACUACUUUGGCGCCCUAUUCCCUCUGUAAUUCACUACUUUGGCACCCUAUUCCCUCUGUAGUUCACUACUUUGGUGCCCUAUUCCCUCUGUAGUUCACUACUUUCGCACCCUAUUCCCUCUGUAGUGCACUACUUUGGCACCCUAUUUCCUCUGUAGUUCACUACUUUGGCACCCUAUUCCCUCUGUAGUUCACUACUUUGGCACCCUAUUUCCUCUGUAGUUCACUACUUUGGCACCCUAUUCCCUCUGUAGAUCACUACUUUGGCUCACUGCGUCACAGCUGGAUAGAAUGGAACAGAAACUGACUUCACCUCCUCCCUGGUCAAUGUGGUCCUAUUAGUCUUACAAUGAUAUUUCUCUGUCUUCAUUUAGAUGUAUUAUUAUAUUACACAAACAUAAUACAACAACAGGUGUUGUCAUCAACUAGUGAAGUAUACAGUAACAGUAUACGUUGGUGAUGUUUUUACUAGGGCCAGUAGUUUUUCCUGAGUUGCAGUAACUGGGGCCUUGAGUUUUUCCUGGUCAUGCUACAUAGUCAUGGAAAAACUCCAGGCCUUAGUACAUAACCUAACCAUAACAUGUGAUCCUCUGUAGCUCAGCUGGUAGAGCACGGCGCUUGUAACGCCAAGGUAGUGGGUUCGAACCCCGGGACCACCCAUACACAAAAAAAUAAAAAUAAAUAAAUGUAUGCACGCAUGACUGUAAGUCGCUUUGGAUAAAAGCGUUGCUAAAUGGCAUAUUAUAUAUAUUAUUACAUAACCAUAAGUCAAGAUAAACUUCGCUGUGGUCUACCAGUACACAAUAAAUGGGAGAGAACUCUUGGUAAUCAGUCAGUAGUCUUAUCAUUCGCACUUGUUGCUGACAGAGACACUGAAACACACUGGGUCCCAAUACGCUGGCUGGUGGUGAGAGAGGACCAUUAUAACUUUAACACUUACAUGCUCUAACACACACACACACACACACACACACACACACACACACACACACACACACUAGUGAUGCGUGGGUUGAUUCAUAACCCGCAGUCCCUGUAGGGUGCCAAAUACACGCCAAUUGCCAAAUGCUUUUGGGAACUUUGGCAGAAAAAGUUAAUGUCGAUCCACUGAGGCAAAAUUUUAGCAUUUCUUGCAGUAGAAUGAUACACCAAAUGUACAUUUUGACUCGGGAAAAGGAGUGGAGAAAUACGAUUUCUUUAUUUCAGCAUCUGUAAAGGUGCUAUCUUUAUCAGCAUCAUAAAAGCGGAUAGUAUUUCAACCACAUAAAAUAUGCAUCCAAGCCAAACUGAAAUCCUAUCAGAAACAUGUUGGGUCGUUUUAACAGCUUUUAAUUUCCUUAAAACCGGUCAAACUGAUGUCAUUAAGAGUUAUUGCAUUUUCUCUCCGGUCCCUUAACAUAUUUUCUGCGAGAGAAGUAGAUAUGAAAGAGGAAUGAAAACAGACUUUACCAAUGUCAACUAUAUUGAAGCAUUCAUUCUAUCGAUGUAUGUUAUUAUUCUGUUGAGCGAGGGUUUAUUUAGUCUUCUAGGGCAACAUAUAAAGACAGAAGAGAAGCUGCAUGUAUCUAAUUAUAGACAAGUGGACUAACAAAUAUCCUACCAAAAUGUUGGAAAUUAUAAGCAGAAACAUAGGCCUAUCUAAAAGCCCUGUCAAAAAGUACAGCGCAUUUCUUAUAUUUGCAGGUUAGGGUCGGGUGAGGGCCUCAGAUUUUUCACUUUGUCACAUAUAGUCGGGCGGUUUCCGAUGGGUUCUAAGCAAUUUUGGCUGGGUGCGGGUGAACAAACAGCUGACCCGUGCAUCACUAACACACACACACACUCCAAACAGCCUACUGAAAUGUCUUCCACUUAUUUAGGGAAUAGGUAGGGUGCCAUUUGGGACACAAUCAUUUAUUCAUGUCCCAUCCUAUAGGACCCCUAUCCGUGUACAAUAAACACUCAUCUCUGUUAACCCAGGGUAAAAUCUUGCGUAAUUUGGUCAGCUGCGUGAUUUAACGUCUGGGUUCAUACGUGUUAGACAUUGAGAGUUCCGGCAAAAACUUAAGUCUCCACCCUCGCAAAAGGAAACUCUCAGCCAAAGCACAGGUGCGAUGCACUCGAGGAGAAGCAGUUCAAGCACCUGUUGUUUAACGAAGCACGUGACAAUAAACAUUUUGAUUUGAUGUGACAGGAGAGGUGACACACAGUUCUCUCUGUCAAAGGAGAUUAUAGAUUAACAUUUCUUGUCACCAGAACUGGAGCUCUGCCUGUCCCUAUGUGUACAUGAACCUCGUCAUGUACACAUGCUGUAUGAGCAGAUCAGUGGAGGCUGAUGGGAGGAGCUAUAGGAGGACGGGCUCAUUGUAAUGGUUGAGAUGGAAUAAAUGGAACGUAGUCAAACGUGUGGUUUCCAUAUGUUUGAUGUGUUUGAUACCGUUCCAUGUAUUCUAUUCCAGCCAUUACAAUGAGCCCAUCCUCCUACAGCUCCUCCCACCAGCCUCCACUGGAGCAGAUACUGUUUGAUAUCUUUCAUAUAUAUAUGGCCUCCCGAGUGGCACAGCGGUCUAAGGCACUGCAUCACAGUGUUGCGGCGUCACUACAGCCUGGGGCUCCGUUGACCAGGAGUCCCAUAGGGUGACGCACAAUUGGCCCAGCGUCAUCAGGGUUAGGGGAGGGUUUGGCUCAUCUGGUGACUCCUUGUGGCGGGCCUGCAGGCUGACUUCGGUCGUCAGUUGAAUGGUGUUUCCUCCGACACAUUGGUGCAGCUGGCUUCCGGGUUAAGCGAGUGGGUGUUUCCCGAGCCCGUUGGGGAGUUGCAGCGAUGAGACAAGAUCAUGAUCACGAAAUUGGGGAGAAAAGAAAACAGAAAAUAACAUUUAAAAAAAUAUGCACAAUCUUUCAUAUACACUACCGGUUUAUUUUUUACUAUUUUCUACAUCGUAGAAUAAUAGUGAAGACUUCAAAACUAUGAAAUAACACAUCUUGUAGUAACCAAAAAAGUGUUAAACAAAUCAAAAUAUAUUUUAUAUUUGAGAAUCUUCAAAUAGCCACCCUUUGCACACUCUUGGCAUUCUCUCAACCAGCUUCACCUGAAAUGAUUUUCCAACAGUCUUGAAGGAGUUCCCACAUAUGCUGAGCACUUGUUGGCUGCUUUUCCUUCACUCUGCGGUCCGAUUCAUCCCAAACCAUCUCAAUUUAGUUGAGGUCGGGGGAUUGUGGAGGCCAGGUCAUCUGAUGCAGCACUCCAUCACGCUCCUUCUUGGUAAAAUAGCCCUUACACAGCCUGGAGGUGUGUUGGGUCAUUGUCCUGUUGAAAAACAAAUGAUAGUCCGACUAAGCCCAAACCUGAUUUGAUGGCGUAUCGCUGCAGAAUGCUGUGGUAGCCAUGCAGGUUAAGUGUGCCUUGAAUUCUAAAUAUAUCACAGACAGUGUCACCAGCAAAGCACCCCCACACCAUAACACCUCCUCCUCCUCCAUGCUUUACGGUGGGAAAUACACAUGCAGAGAUCAUCCGUUCACCCACACCGCGUUUCACAAAAACAUAGCGGUUGGAACCAAAAAUCUCCAAUUUGGACUCCAGACCAAAGGACAAAUUUCCACCAGUCUAAUGUCCAUUGCUCAUGUUUCUUGGCCCAAGCAAGUCUCUUAUUAUUAUUGGUGUCCUUUAGUAGUGGUUUCUUUGCAGCAAUUCGACCAUGAAGGCCUGAUUCACACAGUCCCCUCUGUUACUUGAACUCUGUGAAGCAUUUAUUUGGGCUGCAAUUUCUGAGGCUGGUAACUCUAAUGAACGUAUCCUCUGCGGCAGAGGUAACUCUGGGUCUUCCAUUCCUGUGGCGGUCCUCAUGAGAACCCGUUUCAUCAUAGCGCUUGAUGGCUUUUGCGACUGCACUUGAAGAAACUUUCAAAGUUCUUAAAACGUUCCGUAUUGACUGACCUUCAUGUCUUAAAGUAAUGAUGGUCAUUUCUCUUUGCUUAUUUGAGCUGUUCUUACCAUAAUAUGGACUUGGUCUUUUGCCAAAUAGGGCUAUCUUCUGUAUACCCCCCCCCCCCCCCAACCUUGUCACAACACAACUGAUUGGCUCAAACGCAUUAAGAAGGAAAGAAAUUCCACAAAUUAAGUUUUAACAAGGCACACCUGUUAAUUGAAAUGAAUUCCAGGUGACUACCUCAUAAAGCUGGUUGAGAGAAUGCCAGGAGUGUGCAAAGCUGUCAUCAAGGUAAAGGGUGGCUAUUUGAAGAAUCUCAAAUAUAACAUAUAUUUUGAUUUGUUUAACACUUUUUUGGUUACUACAUGAUUCCAUAUGUGUUAUUUCAUAGUUUUGAUGUCUUCACUAUUAUUCUACAAUGUAGAAAAUAGUAAAAAUAAAGAAAAACCCUUGAAUGAGUAGGUGUUCUAAAACUUUUGACCGUUAGUUUAUUUUGAGCGUUUGCUCUAGCCUGCCUGGAGUGCCAGAUGGGCGGGGUUUGCCGUUUUGGGAAUUCUAUUAGUUUCAUAGCCACAGGCAAACUCAAUAAACCACAGAUAAAGUAUUUGAUAUGAUUGGAAAUAGUAUUUGAACCCGGUUCAGUGUAUGAGAAUGUACCUUUAUCAGGGCCUAAUGUAUUAUGAUAAUCCAUUUUAAUGUUCUUCGGCGUGGGAGACGAGAGUCACGCAGUGGAAGGGUGGAGAAAGUUUUGAAAAGAAAGAAAGAGAAAGUCCUUGGAUGUGUUUUGAUUUUCUUAACUUCAAAAUGACUCGGGAGAAAGAAUGAAGUUCAAGUUGUAGAAUUGGGCUGGGUCGAGUCACGCUCAGAGGAGGAAAGGAGGAGAAAAUGAUUAAAGGCGAAAUGACAGCAGCAGAGGAAAAGAGAGAGAGAGAGAGAAGGUGGCAGAGGAGAUAAAACAAUGAAUUAAAGUGUCGCUCUGUUUAUUUCCCUUUGGGAAAAGGGCACAGUGCACAAAGUGCGAGACAGGCGGCAGGUAGCUUAGUGGUUAAGAGCGCUGGGCCAGUAACCGAAAGGUCGCUGCUUCGAAUCCCAGAGCCGGUUACAAAUGAGCAAGGCACCUUAACUGCUCCUGUAACUCUCUCUGGAUAAGAACGUCUGCUAAAUGACUAAAAUGGGGAGGGAGAGUAGGAGAGAGAGAGAGAAUUGAAGAAGCAGGUUGUAUAGAGGGGGAGAACUUGAAAUGCCAUCCUGUCCGAGACAUUUAAACCUGUCAUAUCCCUGUGCACCACUGUCUCUGUGAGGGAGCCUUCCUGAAUGAACAAGGUCCCUAUCUGGGACUUCAGAGUAAACAAUCUAUCGUGAUUAAAAACAGGCUCUCUAUCUUCACUUAUUUUCUAUUUUUUUUCAUAUUAUUUCUCAACUGCAUCUCUCAUUCUCUCUCGGUCACACAGACCUGAGGGAGGAAGCUUGUGUGCUGGAUCAGAGCAGAGACGAGAAAUCAGCCUGUGUGUACACACACACACACACACACACACACACACACACACACACACACACACCAUUUCCAUAUUACAGGGGGAGGUAUUAUUUAUACUUAGUCAUAUUUAUUUCCAGUAUUCCUCCUCAGAUUUUGACAGUCAAGUCCUCCUCCCAUAUCUAA